GUGUUUUGUUUCGUUUCUGAUGUGAAGGUGGACGGUCGUGUUCGUGCAGCUGUGCAUUACGAAAUCCCCUGCUAACACUCGUUAAUUAUUCGAUAUCAUCCCGUUCACUUCACAGUAUCACAUCAGCAGCCGCACGUCUUACUUGUUUUCAACUAUUUUUAAUUUUACUUCGUAACAAAUGUUUACGAAAUUGUAAUCAGUAUUAAACUAACCAUUAAAAAUUUUGUUAUUUGUUUAAAACGUUACAUUUUUUUUUUUUUUUUUUUUAACUAAUUAAGUUUGUAAAUGUUGUUUAAAUUGUAAGGACUGUGAUUAAUAUGGCGGCAGACAAUCAACAGUUUUGUCUACGCUGGAACAACCACCAAAGCACGUUAAUAAGCGUGUUCGAUACGUUACUCGAGAGCGGCACGCUUGUUGAUUGCACGUUGGCAGCCGAGGGACAAUACCUAAAAGCCCACAAGGUCGUGCUAUCUGCAUGCAGUCCAUAUUUAGAGCUUUUAUUAAGCCAACAUUAUGAGAAGCACCCAAUUGUCAUACUUAAGGAUGUCAAGUUUCAAGAACUCAAAAGUAUGAUGGAUUAUAUGUACAGGGGAGAAGUUAAUAUUUCCCAAGACAAGUUGAGCACGUUCCUGAAAGCUGCAGAAUCCUUGCAGAUCAAAGGUUUGACUGAUGGAGGUGGUACUGAAGAGGGUGCAGCAACGACAGCACCAGCUAAGGCACCUAUUGCCACCCCAGUUAGGAAGCCAGUCCAACAGCAGUCCGUUACACGCGGUCCAUCUGCAUCAGCACAGGGUUUAACGAUAGAAAGGCGACCAGAAAGUCCACAUAUAAGAUCACGUGACGACAGCGCCUCUCCUACACCAAGGAAGCGCAGACGUAAUCUGCGUAGGCCAUCAACAAGUGAUGAUCCUGAUAGUCACAUUGAUACAAGCAAUUCCUGUGAUGUACCGCCCCUUCAGUCCGGAGCCCUGAGCGGCAUCGGUGUUCCUAACAUUCCUGCCACCAUAACCAAGGGUGCCCCGUUGGAUGACGGUGAUCAUGAGACUGAAAACAGCCGCAUCAAUAACCAUGAUGAAGGUGUUGAAGGUGUAGCAGGACCAAAGAUCGAACCAACUGGUGAACUGAUUGAACCUAAGACUGAGUAUUUGGAAGAAAUGAACAACGAGGACAGUAUAGAAGAUUUGACACUUGAUGACGAUGACGAUAUGGACAAUAGUAUGGAUAUGUCAAGAGCUGGUCCAUCACAUGAUAACUCAAACCAAAGUUUUGGUCAGUGGCCUAUAACUGGAAACCAAUCAACAGAUGAAGUGUUCAUGUCUGCUCAAGAAGCAGUUGGAGCCCACAGGGAUACUCAAGUUUUCGCAAUGCCGCAACACCCGGACGAAUACAAUUGCACUUACAGCAGCACGUACGAUCAAAUAACAGUAGGAGCCGAAUCGCGAAUCGUAUGUCCAAAACUUUGCGGCCGCAGCUACAAGCGGAUGGAGCAUCUAAAGCGACACAUAUCGUACGAGUGCGGCGUCGAACCCAAGUACAAGUGUCACGUGUGUCAUCGUAAAUUCGUGUACAACUUCAGUAUGAAGAAGCACAUGGGUCUGGUGCACAAAGAUUUGACGGUCGUCAGACCGUGAUGACGAUUGCCGUCACGCGGCUGUCUGCGAACAAGUUUAGGCUAGGUCAAAUUAGUUACCUAAAAUGACCUAAUCUAAACCGAGUAAUAAGACAUGUCUUUAUCGCUCUUGGAUCAGAUGGAUGAAAAACUUAAGGGUCUGUGUCCAUAAUCGUCACUUUUAAACCGCGAGUCCGAAAAAGGUGACGAGUUGCGAUGUCGCGUAUCUGACGAUUUUAGAAACGUUCUGUGAACACGUAAACUACGUACAGAACGUUUCCAAAGUCUCCGGACCCUUCAAGCUUUCGCUACCCCUCGUGUAAAGGGGUUUACGACAUUUUAAUGUUUUUCUCCCCACGUACUUACGUUGUCUAUGAUUAUGUAGUCGUAAGGAAACCUUACGCUCAUCUACCAUACUCGUAUAUGACGCAUUCUAGGUACAUGUACAUCUACCUCAACAUAAUACGUAGAUACCAUAAAGCUCUUAAUAGACUACAUGAUGUUCAGUGGCAAAUUAAAUUAAUAUUUUUAUUUUUCUUUAAAUUAUCGUCUCGACACUUUUUUUUUUCAUUCACAUAAUCUCAACUGAUAGAUAUUAAACACUGAUAAUUUUUAACACCAUAAAAAAUGUAACAUAUUUAUGUGUAUAAUACAUGUAACAUCGUCACCGUCUAUUGAUAUCUUGUUAUCAGCGAGAUCGAAGUAACGAAACGACUGAAGAAACAUGGAAACAUCACAUUGUUCCUUCUUUUAGUCGCUUCUCUAUUUCAAUCCACGAUGAGUUUUUGUUUAUUGAUAAAGUCAAAACAGAUU